GGCUUCAAGUCUGCACAGAGGGUGAAAAUAAAUCAAUACAUAUCAUUACAUAUUUGAAAAUAACCUGCCCGCCGCCCGGUGUAAUUCAUUUCCACAGGACUCAAGACUCAGGAGAAGUGUGUUAUACAUCAAGAGCAGAAUGCCUGUCACACACCUCAGCAUGUUGGCACGACCUACUACACGCCACUUUGCAAGGUCUGUUGUGAAGCGGUCGUAUAGUCUGAUUCAAGAGGAUGCCAAUUCGAGCCCCUUUCGAACAGAGCCGCAUUCCGCGAAAGAAAUGACUGACUUUGGAACGCGCAGAAUUUUCAAUGAAGAGCACGAUAUGUUCCGCGAAACUGUGCGCAAAUUCUUUGACGACCACUGCAAACCGUAUACAGCUAAAUGGGAGAAGCAAGGCCAAGUCUCUCGUGAGUGUUGGCAACAGGCAGGCGCGGCCGGUUUACUAGGAGCGGCAACCUCUGUAGAGUACGGUGGGGCUGGGUGUGAUGCCAAGUUCUCUGCGGUGGUAUGGGAAGAGCAGGCGUAUUCGCUCUGUACUGGCCCAGGCUUCUUUCUGCACUCAGAUAUUGUUAUGCCGUAUAUUGAGCACUACGGUACUGAGGCUCAGAAGCAGAAGUUUUUACCCGCCAUGGCUGCAGGCGAGAAGAUAGGAGCCAUUGCGAUGACCGAACCCAACGCAGGCAGUGAUCUGGCUGGUAUGAAAAGCCAUGCCGUAAAAGAGGCUGACGGCACGUACACACUCAAUGGGUCGAAGGUAUUCAUUACCAACGGGGCUAUGGCAGACGUGACCAUUGUGUGCGCUAAAACCGCCCCCGAAAAGGGACCUCACGGAAUCUCCCUGUUCCUGGUUGAGACCGGCAUGCCAGGAUUCUCGAGAGGGAAAAACCUAGACAAGAUGGGAAUGAAGGCUCAGGAUACUUCUGAGCUAUUUUUUGACAAUGUGAAGCUCACAGAGGAUAACGUGCUUGGGAAAGAGAAUCAUGGAUUCUACUAUCUUAUGGACGAACUCCCUCAGGAACGUCUGCUGAUUGCGGACAUGGGUGUAUCCCAAGCAGAAAAGGUGUUUGAGAUCACUCGUGCCUACAUUAAGGAGCGCAAAGCGUUCGGCAAACCAUUGGCGGCACUGCAGACGAUCCGGCACACAAUGGCUCAACUCAAAACCGAGAUCUGCGUUGCCCGUGCAUUCCUGGACAAUUGUAUUGAGCUGCACGCUCGGGGCAAGCUGGAUACGGCGACGGCGUCAAUGGCGAAAGUGAUUGGAACUGAUCUACAACACCGAGUAGCAGACGAGUGCGUCCAGUUGCAUGGGGGUUGGGGUUACAUGACCGAGUAUCCGGUUUGCAAAGCAUUCCUUGAUGGGCGCGUUCAAAAAAUCUACGGCGGGACAAACGAGGUGAUGAAGGAGGUCAUCUCCAGGGAUAUUGUCAGGUGACUUGUUCACCUUUAGAGUGCCGGCAGUCAUCGCUAGUUGUCAUCCACCGGAUGAUUUUUAGACCCUCCUAUGUAUGCUUGCUGACCAGUGUGAAAUACCAGAGAGAUUAGGUUUUACAUUUUGGGACCCGAUGUUGUAUUUCAAAGUAAUUCCCAGGGGUGGGGACAAUUAGGCCAUGCCUAAUGGUUUCCUGUACGUUGCGAUAGCUCCAGAUGGUGGAAUUACUCGACAUCUUGGCUAGAAUGGUCUACUCGUGUACUUUACACAGACCACAAAUGAAUUUUAUCACGUGUACACUGACAAGAUUCAGUAACUACAUAUGAGUGACGCUGUAUUCUUUGUUCCUAAUUUUAUUAUGUGUUUUACAUUGUCUUACAAAAACAACACUAUUUUGUGUCAAAUUUUUCUGAUGGGUGUUUUAGUAGGUAAUGUUGUUUGCGGGACAACUUGCUCGCGUAUUUUCUCUCGCAACCGGGCACUUCACAGUGAAAUUGUAGAUUCAAUAUACUUUUGCGACGGCGGUGUCUCUUAGGGGGCUUGGAUAGAUCAAUUGACGAAUACAUGGGUGUAGACAAAGUGGUCACUGGGCUAUUCGAUUGCCUGUGUCCCGAAGGCGGUGAAAAAGCCGAUCGAUACAUUUGUGGCAAUGAUUGUCGAGCAACGGGAUAAUUGCAUCCCUGCUGGGUGGUGUGUGGUUGUGGCUGUUGAUCAUGAAGGAAAGUUCCAGGACCAGCAUAUGGUGCACCGUUCCAACUCUGACUAGAUGAGACUGCGUUCUCUUGUAGAUUUGACAAUUGUGAAUGCCCGUUUCCAAUCACAGCCGGAAUUUGAUAACGGUUUCCUACAUCACUCUCCGUGUUGCCUGUCUCAGUCGAUGGCCAUAGAAACUGCUGCUGAUUCGCGCCUAAAUUUUUAUCUAUCGGAUUCACGCUGCCAUGUGAUUGAAGAUCACGCAUGUGUGUGGGCUGCUCACCGCUGGUAUACGGUUGUAAAAGUCGGGAUUGUUUCUCGUUGUCUAGGUAAGCCAGUAUCAGCUGUGAUGAUGCAACGAUGUCAUCCUCAUACGCAAUCUUUCUUUCCGAUGCUGACGGCGACUGCUGAGCGGACAUCGAGGUCAUCUGACUCACUCUUGGUGGAUCACAACUAGACGACAUAUUGCAUGAUCUACUCGAAUAGACGCGAUGCAAUCUAUUACUUCCGUCGGACUGUUCGCGAGGAACCCACGGCUCGGCAGUCGUAAGUGCUCCCAUAUACAUGUCGUUGAACAGACCGUGUAGAUAACGGUUUCCUGGAGAUAUGUUCUGCUCAGAAGUUGCACGCCGAAAGUUAGUUGGAGGUAGAGACGCGAUGCUAUAGGUUUGAGGAUUACUGUGCAGUUCUUGACUGCAAGGAUCCAACUUUAUGCCGUCUUCGCUAGUUUGCGUGUAUUUCACGUUGUUAUAUAUCACGGUCCGACUCAUGUCUACCCUGAUUGCUAUAAAGCCUUUUUAAAUUGGA